AGCCUUACGCCGUCUUCUACGUCCACAUUGUUUCGGCUUUUUUCACUCUCCUCAAAACUUGGUUUUUCUUUGUUCGAGCUCAAGGAUUGUGCUUUUGUUAAAUUUUAUUUUAAACCCAAUUGGUCAGUUUUAAGGCAUUUGGAUUAGCGUGGUUUGACUGCUUCAAGGAACUCAUUUUUCCUCAAAAAUUUUCUUCUUUGUGCUGAUGCAUUUAUCUGAAUCUCUACCCUGAUUACUGGGUUUGCCUGUAAUUUCAUCUCUUCUUCAAGUAGUAUGAUUUUUGAGGACCCGUCUUAUUCAGAACCAUGAUCCAUGAUUUUCUGGCUAGUUUUUAUCUAAUGAUGGUCGGAAAGGUGGAAAAGAUUGAAAUUUUUUAAGUAAAGGGGUCUAAUUUAUUUUAGAGGUUUUUGAUUUCUUUGGGAGUUAUUAAAGACUUGGUUUUGACCGAUUCUUUAUCUUUAAUUUAAAUUCAACGUAUACUUUUUUUUGUUUAUUCCAUUAGGUCUUCUGCAUUAGAAGGGAAGAUUUUAUUCUGUAAAUUAUAGUCACUAAAAUCCUAGCAGUUUACUCCCCCUCUUUUUCCCCAUUUUAUUUUUCGCCUUAAAAAUGUAGUGGAUUGUCUUGUAGUGUGUUUUUUUGGUCAGACUAUUUUGUCUUGAAUCCUUGAUGGCUUCAUUCAUGUAUGUUUCUUUUGGGUUCUUUGAACCAUGCAUGAAGAGUCAAGAAUAGCGAUGGGAGGUAGUAGCAAUGGCUAAGUGCUUGAAUUUGGGUUAUUUCUGAGUAAGAAAAACGCUGAUUCAGCUCUUCAUCAUGCCUUUGUCUGAGCUACAUCGGAUGGCUAGGGGGAAGCUUGAUUCAUCUCAAGACAAGAAAACUUCAUGUUCUACUGAUCUGUCUUUUGUACCUGAGAAUGACUUUGUUGAACUUGUAUGGGAAAAUGGUCAAAUAUUGAUGCAAGAUCAGUCAAAUAGAGCUAGAAAGAUUACUGCUUGUAACAGCUUACUAUCUCAUUCUUUACCAUUGCACACUCCUAAGACCAGAGAUAGAGAUACAGGAAAUGGAGGAACUAAUACAAAAAUGGGAAAGUUUGGGGGGAUGGAUUCUGCAUUGGGUGAAAUUACUAUGUCAGUGCCGUCUGGUGAAAUGGGCUUGAAUCAAGAUGAUGAAGUGGUGCCUUGGUUGAACUACCCAGUGGAUCAAUCUUUACAGAAUGAAUAUUCUGAUUUCUUGCCUGACUUAUCUGGGGUCACUGCAAAUGAGACCCCUACUCAUAGUAACUUUGCAUCAUUUGAUAGAAGCAGCCAAUCCAUUAGAGAUUCCAGUAUUGUUUUUCUAAAUGAUAGUGCGGGUUUUGAACAAAGAAAUUUGUCAAAGGUUCCUAGACCUGCAGAUGGUGAAACUAAGCCCAGAAGUGGUACCAGUCUAUUAUGCACACAGCUAUGUCAAACGUCCUCUCCAUAUUUUAGAUCAAGAAUUUUGGAGAAUAUUGGUAAUAGCCUGGGUAAUACCUCCGCCCACCAUGCCAUUUGCGGAGAUUCAAUGGGAGUUCAAACAUCAGAUGAGGCUUUGCCUGGCAUUAAGAUGAAGAAAAAAGAUCCCAUAUUGCCUUGUAAUAAUACUGUGUUGAUGAAUUUUUCCAAUUUUUCGCGUCCUGCUGCUCUUGUUAAAGCUAGUCUUCAGAACAUAGGUGCUAUGGCUAGCAUUGAAAGGAUUGGCAGCAAGGAAAAGGGGGCUGCUGUCAGUAUUAGCAACGCUGCUGAUACCACGCUCAUUGAUUCAAAUAUUGGGCUACAGAAGGAAAAACUUUCACAUUGCCAACCUACGAUAGUGCUGAUGAACACUGAUAUAAAAGAAUCUGAAGCUAAUUCUCUAGACGAACCAGUUUCUGCUGAACCAACAGAUACCAUCUGCGAAGAAAAUGUCCUGAAGAAUGAUAGAAACCCUAGUCAAGUUAUUGGUGAACGUGCUUCUAAAAGACUGCCAGAUGGUGAUAAGGCUGUAGAGCCUGUGCUUGCUGCUUCCUCUGUUUGCUCUGGAAAUAGUGUAGAAAAAGCUUGUGAUGAUCCGGUAUAUAAUUUGAAGAGAAAAAAUUGUGAUAAUGAGGAGUCAGGAUGUCCUAGCGAAGAUGCUGAAGAAGAAUCUGUCGGUGUGAAAAAAGCAGUUCCUGCUCGAGGAGGUACGGGGUCUAAGAGAAGCCGAGCAGCAGAAGUGCAUAAUUUAUCUGAAAGGAGACGAAGAGACAGGAUAAAUGAAAAGAUGCGUGCUUUGCAGGAGCUAAUACCAAACUGCAAUAAGGUGGACAAAGCUUCGAUGCUUGAUGAGGCAAUUGAAUAUCUUAAGACACUUCAAGUACAGGUUCAGAUUAUGUCUAUGGGAGCUGGCUUAUAUAUGUCUCCAAUGAUGUUACCAACUGGAAUGCAACACAUACAUGCAGCUCAUGUGGUUCAUUGUUCACCCAUGGGUGUAGGAAUGGGUAUGGGUAUGGGUUUUGGGAUGCCAUUGCCUGACAUGAAUGCUGGAUCUUCUGCUUGUCCUAUGGUUCAGGUGCCUCCAAUCCCUGGAGCUCCUUUUUCGGGCCCACGCCCACAUACAUCAGGUCCAACUGCUCUCCAUGGGAUGGCAGGACCGAACCUCCAGUUAUAUGGGCUUCCUGGUCAAGGACUUCCAAUGUCAAUGCCGUGUGCACCAUUGAUUCCUAUUUCUGGUGGGCAUCUCAUGAAAUCAGCUAUGGGAUUGAGUGCCUGUGGACUGGUAGGUCCUAUGGACAAUACGGAUUCAGGUACAGCUUCUAGUUCAAAGGAUUCACCUCUGAAUAUCAACUCACAAGUGGCACAGAACGCUAAAGCCAAUAGCUCAAUGAACCAGACAUCUACUCAGUGCCCAAUGACAAAUGAAAGUUUUGAACAGCCAGCUAUGGUACAAGAGAAUGGUCAAGCCACAGAAAUCACUGUGCAGGUUAUAAUUGUUAACUUUUUCAUUAGAGGAGAGGAAUCCAUUUUGCUUACUAUGGAUACUGAAGCUUUUUCUCUCUGAGAUUGAACCUCUACGAUGAUCAACUGAAUACUAAUUUCAGGACAAUACAGUCACAAUUUGCACAGAUUUUGGUAUGUUGAGGAGACUUGAAAUCUUUUCUUGCAUAUGUACAUUCAUUUAUAUGAUCCAUGCAAAUAAUGCUGGUCUAUCUAAGAGAUAAAUACCUCAACAGCAUGUAUGCAAAUGUUUGUGUAGACCUCAGGGUAACUAAUUCUUUGAAUUGAUGAAAUGAUAAUAAUUUUCUGUUACAUAUUUGGCUAUCAGUCUCUCUUUGUCUCUCUGAGCAUAUUUUAGUCCUGUGAAGUAUGAUACAUGAAUUGUGGGUGUGA